AGAGAACAAUGAAAGCCAUGUGAUUAUGGGAAAUUAGGACACAGAGCACAGAAGAGUAUUUAAAGAGAAGUUUUUACAAACUGAUAGAGUUGAACAGGACUGAUACUUUAAGUUCUGUGGAACAUCAUGACAACAGGAAAACUUUGAAAUAGUUGGAGGAGAUAGAGGGGAACUCAUUAAGGCCAUAUCCCUCCAUUUACCUGAAGGCUUGCUUGUUUUAGGUAAGUACUCUUGAGUAGCUGCAAUAAAGGAGGAGCUGAAAUGCCUGGAGAAGCAGCCAGCCAGGCACAGGAACACAAAACAGCCGACAGGCAAGCAAGCACUAUGGAGGCUGAAGCUGCUAAAUUCUUGAUCCAGGCUACAGUGACUCAGAUCUGUCAUUCUUCCAGAGAUAUCCAGCCGCAUUCUCUCCAUCCAAGAGAGCAGCCAGAAAGCAACUCUACCUUAUGGAGACCCUGGAUUCUCACAGCAAGAGAUGCUGAACUGGGACAUCAAGGAAUGUCUGACCUGGACGGUGAUCAGAGAAAUUUUAGCUCAAAAGGAGCUUUGGGGUUUCAGCAUCCAGUGAGACUUUAUUUGCCCAAAUCUAAAUCCCAGAAGUUCCUACACAACAUUGGAAAGAAGGUUCUGGCCAGUUUUCCAGUACAAGCCACAAUUCAUUUCUACAAUGAUGACUCUGAUUCUGAAGAUGACGAGGAAGAAAGGAAUUCAGCUUUGUAAUGAACAUAUUCAGCCUCUGAGGACCAUGUAAAUCAAGAGAC